AUGGCGGAGGAACAUCGAUGCGAGACGCCGGAAGGUCACCGUCUCUGUGUUAAUAACUGCGGUUUCUUCGGAAGCUCAGCCACCAUGAAUCUCUGCUCCAAUUGCUACGGCGAUCUCUGCCUCAGCCAACAGCAGCAAGCCACCAUGAAAUCAACCGUCGAAUCCUCUCUCUCCGCCGCAUCUCCUCCUCCGUCGGCGGAAAUCGAAUCCACCUCCUCGUCGUCGUCGUCAGCGAUCGCACCCGUCCUCGAGAAUUACGCAGCCGAGCUAGAGAUCCCGGCGACGGAGAAGCCGAUUUCGAAGAUUCAGACGGCGACGGAACAGCCGCCGCCGCAACAACGGCCGAACCGGUGCACCGCGUGCAGGAAACGGGUCGGGUUGACUGGAUUCAUGUGCCGGUGCGGGACGACUUUCUGUGGGACCCACAGGUAUCCGGAGGUCCACGGAUGCACGUUCGAUUUCAAAUCGGCCGGGCGUGAGGAGAUCGCGAAGGCUAAUCCGUUGGUCGUUGCGGCGAAGCUCCAGAAAAUAUGA